CUUUCUCCUCUUCAUCCAGCCAAGCCGAGGACUAUCCCAAUUGCAAAGGGGAAGAAGAAGGGGGGAAAACCCAACAACAACAACAACCAGCCCCCAGCACGCCCCAUUCCUGCUGCCCUUUGACAUGCAACCUUCCUGGGGAUGGGACAAGCCGGGAUGCAGCUGCGGAUUUGGAAGGAACUGGGGGAAAUUGGGGAUCUUUGCUCUGAUGACGGUGGAAGUGAGCUCCUGGAGCCGGGUGCUGCUGCUCUCCGUGGGGCUCUUGGCUGUCUCAGUGACUGCCCAGAACUGCAGCCACAUUUUGCAGGGCCCAAACGGGACGAUACAGAGCCCAGGCUUUCCCUAUGGCUACCCAAAUUAUGCAAACUGCACGUGGACCAUCACAGCUGAGGAGCAGAGCAGGAUACAGCUCGUGUUCCACUCCUUUGCUUUAGAGGAAGAUUUUGAUGUAUUGUCUAUCUACGACGGCCUGCCUCAGCAGGGGAAUCUGAGAACAAGGUUAACAGGUUUCCAGCUGCCUGCUCCUGUUGUCAGCACCGGGGCUGUGCUGUCCCUGUGGCUUGUCAGCGACUACGCCGUCAGCGCUCAAGGCUUCCAGGCAAGCUAUGAAGCUGACGAUGCUUGUGGAGGGACGCUGCGGGGCCAGAGCGGAAUCAUCUCAAGCCCUCAUUUCCCUUUGGAGUAUGGCAAUAAUGCAGACUGCACCUGGACUAUUCUGGCUGAACCUGGGGACACCAUUGCUCUGGUUUUCAUGGAUUUUCAGCUGGAAGAUGGAUAUGAUGUUUUAGAAGUUGCUGGGACGGAGGGAUCUUCGCUCUGGUUCACUGGGAUGAAUUUGCCUGCCCCAGUUAUCAGCAGUAAAAACUGGCUGCGGCUUCACUUCACGUCAGAUGGCAACCACAGGCAGAAGGGCUUCAGUGCCCAGUACCAAGUCAAAAAGCAAAUGGAGAUGAAGUCCCGAGGGGUGAAGCUGAUGCCCAGCAAGGACAACAACCAGAAGACAUCAGUGUUAACUCAGGUUGGUGUGUCCCAGGGACAUAAUAUGUGUCCAGACCCUGGGAUUCCAGAGAGAGGCAAAAGGAUAGGCAACGACUUUAGGUUAGGCUCCAGCAUCCAGUUCACCUGCAACGAGGGCUAUGACUUACAAGGCUCCAAAAGCAUCACCUGUAAGAGAGUGAGCGACAUCAUUGUUGCCUGGAGUGACCACAGGCCAGUGUGCAGAGCUAGGAUGUGUGACAUGUACCUGCGUGGGCCCAGUGGGGUGAUAACCUCUCCCAACUACCCUGUGCAGUACGACAACAACGCCUACUGUGUGUGGGUCAUCACUGCCCUCAACCCAGCCAAGGUUAUCAAACUCACCUUUGAAGAAUUUGAACUAGAGAGAGGAUAUGACACCCUGACAGUGGGGGAUGGAGGACAAGUCGGAGACCAGAAAACUGUGCUCUACGUCCUGACAGGCACCACAGUCCCUGACCUCAUCGUCAGCACCCAGCACCAGAUGUGGCUCCUCUUCCAGACAGACAGUGUCAGCAACCUGCUGGGAUUCAAAGCCACCUAUGAAGAGAUUGACCAAGGGAGCUGCGGUGACCCUGGGAUCCCAGCCUACGGCAGGAGAGAAGGAUCCACCUUUCGCCACGGGGACAGCUUGAAGUUUGAGUGCCAGCCUGCCUUUGAGCUGAAGGGCCAGAAAACAAUUACCUGCCAAAAGAGUAGCCAGUGGUCUGCUCAGAAACCAGUUUGUGUUUUUUCCUGCUUUUUCAACUUCACCACCCCCUCUGGCAUCGUGCUGUCACCCAACUACCCGGAGGAAUACGGCAGCAGCCUGCACUGCGUCUGGCUGAUCAUCGCCAAACCCGAGAGCAGGAUCCACCUGGCUUUCAAUGACUUCGAUGUGGAGCCCCAGUUUGAUUUCCUGGCUGUGAAGGAUGGUGGGACUGCUGAAUCUCCAGUGCUGGGAACCUUCUCAGGAAACCAGAUCCCCUCCUCUCUGACCAGCAGCGGGCACGUAGCCAGGCUGGAGUUCCAGACUGACCACUCCAUGGAGAAGAGAGGCUUCAACAUCACCUUCACCACAUUUAGGCACAACGAGUGCCCUGACCCUGGCGUGCCUGUGAAUGGGAAGCGCUUCGGCGACAGCCUCCAGCUGGGCAGCUCAGUGUCCUUCCUCUGUGACGAAGGCUUCAUCAGGACCCACGGCUCAGAAACCAUCACCUGCAUCUUGAAGGAGGGAAACGUGGUCUGGAACAAUGCAGUGCUCAGAUGUGAAGCACCAUGCGGUGGCCACCUGACGUCGCCCAGCGGAACCAUCCUGUCCCCGGGCUGGCCUGGCUUCUACAAGGACUCCCUGAGCUGUGCGUGGGUGAUCGAGGCCCAGCCAGGCUACCCCAUCAAGAUCACCUUUGACAGGUUUAAGACAGAGGUGAACUACGACACCCUGGAGGUGCGAGACGGCCGCUCCUACUCCUCCCCGCUGAUCGGUGUCUAUGACGGGACUCAGGUGCCCCAGUUCCUCAUCAGCACCAGCAACUACCUCUACCUCCUCUUCACCACUGACAAAAGCCACUCUGACAUUGGCUUUCAGAUCAGAUAUGAAACUGUGAAGCUCCAGUCAGACCACUGCCUGGAUCCAGGGAUCCCGGUCAAUGGGCAGCGCCACGGGAAUGACUUCUACGUGGGAGCUCUGGUGACCUUCAGCUGUGACUCAGGCUACACCCUGAGCGACAACGAAGCCCUGGAGUGUGAGCCAAACUUCCAGUGGAGCCGGCCACUGCCCAGCUGUGAGGCUCUCUGUGGAGGCUACAUUCGUGGUUCCAGUGGUACCAUCUUAUCCCCAGGCUUCCCUGAUUUUUAUCCCAAUAACUUGAACUGCACAUGGACAAUAGAAACAUCACAUGGAAAAGGUGUGUUCUUCACCUUUCAUACCUUCCACCUGGAGAAUGGCCACGACUACCUCCUCAUCACAGAGAACAGCAGCUUUGCUCAGCCCCUCAAGCAGCUGACAGGCUCCAGGCUGCCUGCCCCGCUCAGUGCAGGGCUCUUUGGCAACUUCUCUGCUCAAAUUCGCUUCAUCUCAGACUUCUCCAUGUCCUAUGAGGGCUUCAACAUCACCUUCUCAGAAUAUGACCUGGAGCCCUGUGACGAGCCAGAGGUGCCAGCCUACAGCAUCAGGAAGGGGCUGCAGUUCGGUGUGGGGGAUGUGCUCACCUUCUCCUGCUUCCCUGGGUACCGGCUGGAGGGGGCUGCCCGCAUCACCUGCCUCGGGGGGAGACGGAGAGUGUGGAGUUCGCCUCUGCCAAGGUGUGUUGCUGAAUGUGGCUCAUCUGUAACUGGAACCCAAGGUGUUCUGCUGUCCCCCAACUACCCAAUCAACUACAACAACAACCAUGAGUGCAUCUACUCCAUCCAGACCCAGCCAGGAAAGGGCAUCCAGCUGAAAGCCAGGACCUUUGAACUGGAGGCAGGAGAUGUUCUCAAGGUGUACGACGGCAGCAACAGCUCCGCUCGCCUGCUGGGCUCCUUCAGCCGCUCCGAGAUGCUGGGCACCAGCAUCAACAGCACCUCCAGCAGCAUGUGGCUGGAGUUCAUCACCAACAGUGAGAACACCAGCAAAGGCUUCGAGCUCCAGUUUUCCAGUUUUGAGCUCAUUAAAUGCGAGGACCCUGGCAUCCCCCAGUUUGGCUACAAGGUGCACGACGAGGGCCACUUUGCUGGCAGCUCUGUGUCCUUCAGCUGUGACCCUGGCUACACCCUGCGCGGCAGCAGGGCGCUGGUGUGCCUGACCGGGGAGAGGAGAGCCUGGGAUCAGCCCCUGCCGACCUGCGUGGCUGAGUGUGGAGGUACCAUCAAAGGAGAGGCCUCGGGGAGGAUCCUGUCUCCUGGCUACCCAACCCCCUACGACCACAAUCUGAACUGCAUCUGGACAAUAGAGGCAGAAGCUGGCUGCACAAUAGGGCUCCACUUCAUGGUGUUCCACACCGAGGAGUUCCACGACGUGCUGAGGAUCUGGGACGGCCCCGUGGAGAACGGCAUCCUGCUGAAGGAGCUGAGCGGCUCCAGCCUGCCUGCCGACGUCCACAGCACCUUCAACUCUCUCAUCCUGCAGUUCAACACCGAUUUCUUCACCAGCAAGCAGGGCUUUGCUGUUCAGUUCUCAGUUUCCACUGCCACUUCCUGCAACGACCCAGGGAUUCCCCAGAACGGGAGCCGGAGUGGGGACAGCAAGGAGGCUGGGGACUCCAUCAUCUUCCAGUGCAACCCAGGAUAUGCCCUGCAAGGGGAGGCCAAGAUCACCUGUGUGCAGGUUGAGAACAGGUUUUUCUGGCAACCAGACCCUCCCUCCUGCACAGCUCCCUGCGGAGGUAUCCUGACGGGGCCGGCAGGAGUGAUCCUGUCCCCGCAGUACCCAGAGCCCUACCCACCAGGGAAGGAGUGUGACUGGAAGCUGACUGUGUCCCCUGACUAUGUCAUCGCCCUGGUCUUCAACACCUUCAGUUUGGAGCCUGGCUAUGAUUUCCUUCAUAUCUAUGAUGGACCUGAUUCACUCAGCCCCCUGAUUGGAAGCUUUUAUGGUUCCCAGCUGCCAGAGAGGAUAGAGAGCAGCAGCAACAACCUCUUCCUCGCCUUCCGGAGCGACGCCUCGGUCAGCAACACGGGAUUUGUGAUUGACUACACAGAAAACCCCCGGGAGUCCUGCUUUGACCCUGGGUCCAUCAAGAACGGCACACGGGUGGGCACGGACCUGAAGCUUGGCUCUACCAUUACCUACUACUGUGAUGGGGGGUAUGACAUUGAAGGGGUCUCCACCCUGACCUGUGUGAUGGGAGAGGAUGGCAAACCCACCUGGAACAAACCUCGACCUACCUGCACAGCUCCCUGUGGUGGGCAGUACACAGGCUCUGACGGCGUCGUGCUCUCCCCCAACUACCCCCAGAACUACAGCAGUGGCCAAGUCUGCCUCUACUCCAUCGUCGUGCCAAAGGACUACGUGGUCUUCGGGCAAUUUGCCUUCUUCCAGACCGCUCUCAACGACAUCAUCGAAGUCCAUGAUGGCCCCAACCAGCACUCCAGGCUCCUCAGCUCCCUCUCAGGCUCUCACACAGGGGAAUCAUUACCCUUGGCUACCACCAACCAGAUCCUCAUCAAGUUUAGUUCCAAGGGUCAGUCUACAGCCAAAGGUUUUCAUUUUGUCUACCAAGCGGUGCCCAGGACCAGCGCCACGCAGUGCAGCUCGGUGCCGGAGCCUCGCUACGGGCGGCGGCUGGGCAGCGACUUCGCGGUGGGCGCCGUGGUGAGGUUCGAGUGCAGCGCUGGCUACGCCCUGCAGGGCUCCCCGGCCAUCGAGUGCCUCACCAUGCCCGGCGCCCUGGCGCAGUGGAACGUCUCGGUGCCCACCUGCCUGGUGCCCUGUGGUGGGAACUUGACGGAACGCAAAGGAACCAUCCUGUCCCCUGGCUUCCCUGAGCCCUACCUCAACAGCCUCAACUGUGUGUGGAAGAUAACAGUGCCAGAAGGAGCAGGGAUCCAGAUCCAGGUGAUCAGUUUUGUCACUGAGCAGAACUGGGAUUCCCUGGAAGUGUUUGAUGGAGGAGACAACACAGCCACCAUGCUGGGAAGCUUCUCUGGAACUACAGUGCCUGCACUGCUGAACAGCACUUCAAACCAGCUCUAUCUGCACUUCUACUCCGAUAUCAGCGUCUCCGCCGCCGGCUUCCACCUGGAGUACAAAACUGUUGGCCUGUCCAGCUGCCCAGAGCCCCCAGUCCCUGGCAACGGCCUGAAGAUCGGAGAGCGCUACCUGGUGAACGACGUCGUCUCCUUCCAGUGCGAACCAGGCUACGCUCUCCAGGGCCACUCACACAUCUCCUGCAUGCCAGGCACUGUCCGCCGCUGGAAUUAUCCUCCGCCGCUCUGCAUCGCCCAGUGUGGAGGAACAGCAGAAGAGAUGGAAGGAGUGCUCCUGAGUCCAGGAUUCCCAGGAAAUUAUCCAAGCAACCUGGACUGCACGUGGAGGAUACUGCUGCCGGUGGGAUUCGGUGCUCACAUCCAGUUCCUGAACUUCUCCACGGAGCCCAACCACGACUACGUGGAGGUGCGCAACGGCCCCUACGACACCAGCAACGUCAUCGGGCGCUUCAGCGGCGCCGACCUCCCCGGCUCCCUCCUCUCCACCUCUCAUGAAACCACCAUCUACUUCCACAGUGACCACUCCCAGAACAAGCCUGGCUUCAAGCUGGAGUACCAAGCCUAUGAGCUGCAGGAGUGUCCUGACCCUGAGCCUUUUGCUAAUGGUGUUGUAAGAGGAGCAGGCUACAACGUUGGCCAGUCCAUCUCUUUUGAGUGUCUGCCUGGCUACCAGCUGAUUGGCCACCCAGUCCUGACCUGUCAGCAUGGCACCAACAGGAACUGGGACCACCCAUUGCCCAGGUGUGAAGUGCCUUGUGGGGGGAACAUCACCACCCAAAAUGGUACAGUUUACUCUCCUGGCUUCCCCAACCAGUACCCCAAUUCCCAGGACUGCACUUGGCUCCUGACAGUGCCAGUGGGGUAUGGAAUCCACCUCAACUUCACCCUGCUGCAGACAGAGCCCUACAACGAUUUCAUCACUGUGUGGGAUGGUCCCCAGCAAACAGCCCCACAGCUUGGUGUGUUCACUGGCAACUCUGCUAAGAAAUCAGCCCAGAGCUCUUCCAACCAGGUCCUGAUGAAGUUCCACAGCGAUGGAGCCAACGGAGGGAUCUUUGCCAUCUACUUCUAUGGCAAUACAAUUUCCUGCGGAUCUCCAGCGAUGCAGAUCCUCAUUCCUGUGUCAGCUUGCUGGCAGAUCUAG